GCCAGCUGAUUGGGACGCCUUGCAUUGAUGGACAGUUGAAACCGAUUAUGAACUUUUUACGCCUCAAGAGGUUGUGUUAUUUUGUUUGUAAUAGUCGUUUGCGUGCUGAAACAGGCUACUUACCGCAAUGGCAAAGUUUUUCACAUUACAGCACAAUAAAUGGGAGUUCAGCAGUUAAAUUAGCUUAUGAGAGCUUAGAUGCAACCUCUGAAGGGGAAGAUUUACCACCUAUAGUUAUUUUGCAUGGCCUGUUUGGAUCAAAAACAAACUGGAGGACACUGGCCAAGUUAUUUAACAGGGAAACUGACAGAAAGGUAGUUACUGUUGAUGCAAGGAAUCAUGGACAAAGUGAUCAUAGUCCAGACAUGAACUACUUUGAUCAAUCUCUGGAUGUAUGGCAUUUGUUCCAAGAACUGAACCUUUCAAAAGCAGUUUUAAUGGGUCACAGUAUGGGAGGAAAAACUGCCAUGACAUUUGCUCUGUCUCAUCCAGAGUUUGUGGACAGUCUUAUAGUGGUAGACAUGUCCCCUACAAAACUGUAUUUAGAUGAAGAUAUUCCACGCUAUCUUGCAACAAAGCGGGCAAUGAAUUUAAAUCUCAUCAAGGAUAAGAAAGAUGCUGAAAAGAUGUUGAUGUAUGUUGUACCUAAUGCAUUUUUAAGGUCAUUCUUUCUUACCAACCUUAUCAAAAGUGAAGCUGGUUUUAAGUGGAGAAUUAACCUGGAAGCCUUGGAGAAUAACAUAUCUGAAGUUGCUGGCUUUCCAUCAAAUUUUCCUCACAAACAGUUUGAGGGAAUGACACUUUUUGUUGGUGGAGCGAAAUCAGACUACAUCCAAGUGGAGGAGUUUCCUGCAAUUCGCAAACUGUUUCCCAGAGCAGACAUUAAAUUUAUCCCUGACAGUGGUCACUGGCUUCAUUCAGAGAAACCAAAAGAAUUUGCGCAGACUGUGAUAGAAUUCCUAAAUGAAUGUUUACAAGAUCAUAGUUAGCAAUAAUUGAAAGUACUUACAAUUUUAUGAUCAUUGUCACAAAUACAUGGCACAAUUGCUCAGUGUAAAUAUAGGUUUGUUGUUAAUAAUGAUUUCUUUUCUUUCUUAUUGAGCAAAAUAUAUGGCAUAAAGAUUAUUUAAAGGUAAUAUCUUGGAUAGUAUUUACAAAUUCAUCAUUGUCCUCACCACACGCACUGCUAUCAACAUCAUCAUCAGUGUCCAUCUUUAUAAUCCUUACAUAUUUGCCACUAUUCCCAGUUCUUGUGCAGUUUGUCCAAUUUUUAAAGGUAAUAAGAUUGCAAAUGGUUGCUUAACAUUUUUCCCUUUAUAUUUUAUACCCUAUAUUAAGAGCUUCUAUUAUUAAUUAUAGAACAUAUUUGCUUACUUACAUAUUAAAAAACAUUUUGUAAAACUUAUAUCAUCACCACUUAAGGUUUAAUUUUAAAUAGCCAUCUUCGGUGUUGAAUCAUACGUACAACAAAAUGUCUUUAAAUGAAGAUAAUGAAACAAGCACAAUUGUUUGUGCUUGAUUAUAGUCAGAAUAGAAACACAUUGUUUUUGUGCAUAUAACUAAAGCUUAAUUGUUAAAAUCAAUCAAAUUGUUGUGGCACACGUAUCAGUGUGGUGUAUGACAUUAGAAUUCAGGCUGUCACUUGUCAGCCUCAUAUUGAUGUGUCACAUUGGAGCCGACAUAUUGUGGGAAAAUAAAUCUCUGUUGAGUUUUCUUAUUAUC